UUUUUUUUUGUUGCUUCUAUUAACAGAAAACCUUUGACCGGAACGCAGCGACGAAUCGUUAAUCAUCAUCAUGUCAAUAGGAACGAUGCAGGAGAUCGAAGAGACCGCUCCGUUGCUCGACGAUUCUCAACCCGAAGGCCAAUCGAGACCGCAAUCCGCGACGGCGAAGGUGCCGGAGGUGGAGAUCCACAUGUAUCGGUGCGGGAAAGGUCCGAUCGACGUGUUCAAGUCGAAUCUCGGAGGCUGGGAGCAGGAUCAGCUCGAGGUUCGACCUAUCCUCGAUAAAUACGGAUUGAAAUCGAUCUUCGCUUUCAACGUCGAGAAAGGCCGAGGCGUCCCGAUCCGCUUUAAUCCUAGGAACGGUCGGUCUAUGCUGACGUAUAGAGAUGGCGCCGUCGUAUACAUCGACGGCGAACCUCAGGAUUCUAUGAUCCAACCCAUCACAAGAAUCGUGCUUGGAGUAGUGAUUGCUACUUUGUUAAUAACGUUUCUAAUGAAGGACCCUCCGGCGUGGAUCAAGAACAACAUCUCACUUGGGAACUUCCCUCCGUGGGUGCUCGCGUGCAUAGUUAUAGUGUUCACCCGAGCGAGGAAGAGAACCAGAGACUUCUUCAGGAAGUAUGGCUGGUAGUAUCACAGACACUAACACACUCGUCUGGCUUGAAAUGUGGUCGAUAUUGUAGUCUUCCGUCGACCAUAUAUAGAGAUGUUAUCUUGUCUCAACCCAACAAGUUUCCUUUCCUUUGUUAACCACUCUUUUGUUUCUUUGAUAAGGCCUCAUGCGCCAAUUUGCUUGCUUUCCGAACCAAGUGAGAGAGAGAGAGAGAGAGCAAUAAUUGCCUCCGUUUAGCAUCUUGUUGAACUUGAUAGUUUUAUGAAUUUUCAAUGUGUAUGCGACGUGGAAACUGACACUACUUUCUGAAAACCUUGGUAAAUAUGAAUUCAUGUCAAUGCACAUAUUUUAAAUA